AUGCACAUAAACCAGCGAGUGUCAGCAGGAGAAUGUUAUUGCUGCUCUGGGAGUCACCCUGGCGGCGGAGGCGGCGUGCAGCCCUCUGCGGAGCACCCUGGCGGUGGCGGCGUGCAGCCCUCUGCGGAGCACCCUGACGGCAGCGGCGGCGGCGUGCAGCCCUCUCCGGAGCACCCUGGCGGUGGCGGCGUGCAGCCCUCUGCGGAGCACCCUGACGGCAGCGGCGGCGGCGUGCAGCCCUCUCCGGAGCACCCUGGCGGUGGCGGCGUGCAGCCCUCUGCGGAGCACCCUGACGGCAGCGGCGGCGGCGUGCAGCCCUCUCCGGAGCACCCUGGCGGUGGCGGCGUGCAGCCCUCUGCGGAGCACCCUGACGGCAGCGGCGGCGGCGUGCAGCCCUCUCCGGAGCACUCUGGCGGUGGCGGCGUGCAGCCCUCUCCGGAGCACCCUGGCGGUGGUGGCGUGCAGCCCUCUCCGGAGCACCCUGGCGGCGGCGGCGUACAGCCCUCUCCGGAGCACCCUGGCGGUGGCGGCGUGCAGCCCUCUCCGGAGCACCCUGGCGGUGGUGGCGUGCAGCCCUCUCCGGAGCACCCUGGCGGUGGUGGCGUGCAGCCCUCUCCGGAGCACUCUGGCGGUGGUGGCGUACAGCCCUCUCCGGAGCACCCUGGCGGUGGUGGCGUACAGCCCUCUCCGGAGCACCCUGGCGGUGGUGGCGUGCAGCCCUCUCCGGAGCACCCUGGCGGUGGCGGCGUGCAGCCCUCUCCGGAGCACCCUGGCGGUGGUGGCGUGCAGCCCUCUCCGGAGCACCCUGGCGGUGGAGGCGUGCAGCCCUCUCCGGAGCACCCUGGCGGUGGUGGCGUGCAGCCCUCUCCGGAGCACUCUGGCGGUGGCGGCGUGCAGCCCUCUCCGGAGCACCCUGGCGGUGGUGGCGUGCAGCCCUCUCCGGAGCACUCUGGCGGUGGUGGCGUACAGCCCUCUCCGGAGCACCCUGGCGGUGGUGGCGUGCAGCCCUCUCCGGAGCACCCUGGCGGUGGCGGCGUGCAGCCCUCUCCGGAGCACCCUGGCGGUGGUGGCGUGCAGCCCUCUCCGGAGCACCCUGGCGGUGGCGGCGUGCAGCCCUCUCCGGAGCACCCUGGCGGUGGUGGCGUGCAGCCCUCUCCGGAGCACUCUGGCGGUGGCGGCGUGCAGCCCUCUCCGGAGCACCCUGGCGGUGGCGGCGUGCAGCCCUCUCCGGAGCACCCUGGCGGUGGUGGCGUGCAGCCCUCUCCGGAGCACCCUGGCGGCGUCGGCGGCUUGGAGGCCUCGCCUCUAGAACACGACGCCGCCUCCUCGACAACACGACGCCCCCUCCCCGACAACACGACGCCCCCUUCGACAACACGACGCCCCCUCCCCGACAACACGACGCCCCCUCCCCGACAACACGACGCCCCCUUCGACAACACGACGCCCCCUCCCCGACAACACAACGCCCCCUCCCCGACAACACGACGCCCCCUCCCCGACAACAACAGCACGCACACGACCGACAGUUCCCGUGACUAA